UACACACAUGGCAAUUAGAUGUGAUAUUAUUAUUGGAAAGUGAAGAGCAGAUCACGCGAUGAUCAGGCGUCAGCAUGGCUUGGUCCGUUAAAAUUUGGUCUCUCCGACGUGUGGUGCUGCUGCUACCACUGCUACUGUUUCUUCCUAUAAAUGUCACUGCUUGCUACUCCUCACUCUUCAGCUUCGGAGAUUCCCUCACUGAUACCGGUAACUUGAAUUUCAUUUCCCCUCCCCAGAGUCCCAAUUGCUUGCUCCCUCCUUACGGACAAACCCACUUUCAUCGCCCCACUGGACGAUGUUCCGAUGGACGCCUUAUCCUCGAUUUCAUCGCUCACUCUCUGGGGCUCCCGUAUUUGGAACCGUAUCUGGGUUACAAGAAUGGAGCGCUUAAACGGGGAAAUACUGAGCAGGGAAUGAACUUUGCGGUGGCCGGGGCCUCGGCCUUGGACGGGAGUUUCUUUGAAGAAAAGGGGUUCGCUGUUGAUGCCACCGCAAACUUUUCUCUGAGGGUUCAGUUAGACUGGUUCAAGGAAUUGCUGCCUUCGCUCUGCGGUUCUUCUUACAGUGAAGGCUGCAAAAAAGUUAUUGGCAACUCCUUAUUUAUUGUGGGAGAGAUUGGAGGCAAUGAUUAUGGCUAUCCUUUGUCUGAAACAACCGCAUUUGGAGAUCUUGUGCCUUACAUACCCCAAGUAGUAUCUGUGAUCACCUCAGUGAUCAGGGAGUUGAUUGAUUUAGGGGCUGUAACACUUAUGGUUCCUGGAAUGUUACCACUUGGAUGCAAUUCUGCAUAUUUAACAAGAUUUGCGACCACAGAUGAAGAGGAGUAUGACCAAGUUGGCUGUCUGAAGUGGUUAAACACGUUUCAUGAAUACCACAAUGAGCUGCUCCAGAUUGAACUAAAUCAGCUUCGAGGGCUAUAUCCUCACACCAAUAUUAUUUAUGCAGAUUAUUUCAACGCUGCAUUGCAGCUCUACAAAUCUCCAGAACAAUUUGGGUUUGGUGGAAAUGUUCUGAAAGUUUGUUGUGGAGUUGAUGGCCCUUACAAUUACAAUGAGAUUACCAAGUGUGGGGACGGAGGGGUGGUUGCUUGUGAUGAUCCAUCACAGUAUGUUAGCUGGGAUGGCUAUCAUAUGACCGAGGCUGCAUAUAGAUGGAUUGCCAUAGGUUUAGUAGAUGGAUCCUACACCAUUCCUAAAUUUAAUGUCUCUUGUUUCACACAUCAAACCAUCAUAGAUAUUUAAUAAUUAUCUAUGAAAAACUUGGAUCUCUUUAUGGAAGAGAACGUGGUAGUACCACUCAGUCCUACUUGCAAUAAUAAUGACCCUUCACUUGGCACCUCCACAAUGUCAAAAUUCAUGUAUAAUGCAUGCUUUUCUAUAAAUAUUAAUUAAUGCU